AGACCUGAUGAUUUGAGUCCUCGUCGCGUCGCGUCGCGUCGUGUCCACCUGCGAAUCCUCUAGUCCUCGCGAGUCGCGACACGCGGAGCUUUGGCACCUGCAGCGAUGGCGACCGACCACCGCCGCUUCCCCGUCUUCCUCGCCGCGGCGCUGCUCACCCUCCUCCUCCUCCCGGCCUCCGCCGCGGCCACCGACGUCGAGUACUGCAGGCAGGGGCGGGAUUAUCCUGUGAAGGUGAGCGGAGUGGAGAUCGUCCCUGACCCCGUCGUCAGCGGGCAGCCGGCCACCUUCAAGAUCUCCGCAUCCACGGAUAAAAGCAUCACUAAGGGGAAGCUCGUGAUAGAUGUCAAGUACUUCUUUUUCCAUGUCCAUUCAGAAAGUCACAACCUUUGUGAGGAGACCUCUUGCCCAGUAACUGGUGAAUUCGUGCUUGCGCACGAACAGACUUUACCAUCAAUCACCCCACCAGGUUCUUACACUCUCACCAUGAGGCUACUAGAUGACGGCAACAAGGAACUGACCUGCAUCUCGUUUGGGUUCAGCAUCGGGUUCAUUUCACCUCUUGCUCUCAUCUAAAUUCAGCUGGAGUCACAGCAAUGUACUUGCAGAACUCCCAUAGUCCUACCACAACAUGUUCCACUAAAGCCGGUUUAAUCUCCCUGAGUUGAACAUCUUACUACUUCUGGUGUUAUGCAAUAACUAUAGUCAAUUGCCGCUUAUGUUCAGUAUACUUGAUUGGACAUUGCCCUGUCGUUGAUCUGUC